UAGCGUAAAUAUCUCUGCCGUUGCUAUACACAAAGUGUAAUGAAAAAGGAAAACCUCUCUAAAACCUCUCUUAAUGCAAUCUUGUCUCAAUUCAAAACCACCGCUCCCCCAAAAUGCAAAUUUCUUUCCCCAUAUCACCCCCCAAAAUCCCUUCAAUUUUCCCAUUCAACCAUCCCAUUUCCCCUAAACCAGCAGCACCACCAACCUACCAUCAAUUUCCUCUCCAAACCCAUCCCAAAAGACCCAUAAAUUCAACUCCCCUCCAAUCCUCUGGUUAUUUAUCGGCAAUAAGUCGUGUAAUUGAGGAAGAAGAGGAGUACAAAAAGGCCCGUGCCGCGGUCACCCGUAAAGGAGUCGACUUGGAAGGUUACUCAAUCGAGGGAAUCUCUAUUGGGGGCCAAGAGACCUGUUUAAUUAUACCGGAGUUCAAGUGUGCUUUUGAUAUUGGGAGAUGUCCCACAAGGGCAAUUCACCAGAACUUCGUGUUCAUUACUCAUGCCCACCUCGAUCACAUUGGUGGGCUGCCAAUGUAUGUGGCUAGUCGUGGUUUGUACAACUUAAAACCUCCGACUAUAUUUGUGCCCCCUUGCAUCAAACAGGAUGUUGAGAAGCUUUUUGAUAUCCACAGGGCCAUGGGGCAAGUGGAAUUGAAUCUUGAUUUGGUUGCAUUGGAUGUGGGUGAAACAUAUGAAUUGCGGAAUGAUAUUGUAGUUCGACCAUUUCGAACCCAGCAUGUUAUACCUAGUCAGGGUUAUGUUAUCUAUUCUAUUAGAAAAAAGUUGAAGAAGCAGUAUAUUCAUCUCAAAGGGAAACAGAUUGAGAAAUUGAAGAAGUCAGGUGUUGAGAUUACAGAUAUAAUAUUGUCCCCAGAGGUGGCCUUUACUGGAGAUACCACAGCAGAGUACAUGCUUGAUCCACGUAAUGCAGAUGCAUUGAGAGCAAAAAUUCUCAUAACUGAGGCAACUUUCCUUGAUGAUGGUUUCAGCAUAGAACAUGCACAAAAACAUGGUCAUACUCAUUUGUACGAGAUUAUCAAAAAUGCUGAAUGGAUUCGGAAUAAAGCUGUCAUGUUGACUCAUUUUUCUUCUCGUUACAGUAUAGAGGACAUCCGUCAAGCUGUAUCGAAAUUGCAAUCCAAGGUGUCAGCAAAAGUUGUUCCUCUAACAGAAGGUUUCAAAUCAAUGUACUCUUAAAAAAUAAAUCAUGGUUCAUUGUUUCUGUCAGGAAAUUGUAGAAAAAUGUAAUCAGUCUUUGCAAUAUGUAAAGUAUUGGUUCCUUUAAGGAACUUUAUGGGCCACUGCUAAACAUGUGUCAAUGGGAUGUGGACUGGUCUAAUUUGGUAGUAAAAUAAAAGCUGCAUAUCAUACUUAAAGGUUGUGACA